GCUUAACCUAAGUGACUCGAAAGGGCCCCCUAUAAAAUUCCUUUAGAGCUCCAGAGCCGAUUUGGGCUCUUGGCAGUUACUAGUCACGUGGAAAUAUUCCCGGGUCAGCCUACCUAUGUGCCUUUACCCGUAUCUCUCUUCCUAUGAUGAUACCUCGAACGUUUUCCGGCUCCGCUAGUGGCCCCUUAUAGAACCUACCCAGGUCCUCCUACCCAUCUUCGCUUACCCAAAUUCCCUUACCUAUAUUGCUCUUCCCAUGAAUCUCUGGAAUGCCUACACGGCCAAGCAAGGGUGCGUGCCGCCAUACAAGUCUUGCCUGCAGGAGAGAGGCUUUGGACCGCAGACUUCUAUACUGUCGGUCCGGAGCUGGCGGCGACAUUGGUCGAGGAGUACGCCAAUAACGAGUGGCAUCCAGGUGAGAUCUACCACAGAAUGCGGCAGUGUCACCGGCAAAAAAACCAGGGUGUCGAUAACUUGUGGUUCGAGAAGCGAUGGCGGGCGCAUUUAUCCCGCCACGAGCAACGAAAUGUCGCGGCGCUCUCACACUAUGACGAUAUCAUGUCUACGUGCGACGAUCUUCUAGACGUCCCUGGACUUCGGAAAGAUUGGAGGUUAACCACGUGGCAUAAAAUACUUUCGAUGAGAAUCGAUGAGUAUAUUCUCAAUUAUCUCACCUCUAUGAAGAAUUUCUGGUAUGGGAUUGUCCAGGGAGAUAGCGAGGCUCUACAGAAAGUAGACGAAGCCACCGUUAAAGCCUUGGAGCUCAUGGCUCCUGGGGCUUGUAGGGUGGAUGCCCGGACUCUACACUGUCAACUGGAUAGUGGUCAUAUUUUCGGCGCAUUCAAUGGCCGUGAGCGCGAGGAGAUCUGGGUCAGGGUGCUUGAUUUUACAUCCGACCGCUUAGUCCCUACUUUCUCAAGCUUCUUUGAGGAUUUAAACUGGUUCAAACAUCCUAUCGAUUGCGUCAGGCGGUUAAUACAUUUGGGGCCUCGCGAGACCAUCGUUUCCGCCCUGGGACGGAUGUUUUCCGAUCUGAACCAACAAGCCGGCUACUGCGUGAUCCAGAGAUCUGAGCACACGUUUGUUUCAGCGCCAGGGAAUCGAGCCAACCGACUGGACUGGGGGAUCAGACAGAUCUUCAUUUCUGCAAUGCGCAACUACCCCGACAUGGCUCCACGCCCGAAGAAGAGAGAUUUGCUGGCAAAACCGAAAACGAAAGAAGCAGAUACGACCGGUUUAUUUGAGUUUGCGGUUCUUGCUCAUCGGCUAGGCUUUGAGUCUCCCGAGAUCCACGAGCUAAUGGAUUCCCCACCUCCUCUGUCGGCAUCGAAGGAGCACGUCACUUUUGUCGACGAUGCCAAUCCUGACACCAAGGUAAAGAGAUGUGGAACCCCAUAUGGUAAACAUCAUCAGAAAGACAGACGUUUGCUCUUUCUGGAAAACCUGCACAACGCAAGCAUUCAAGAACUGGGAGAGAUGUCGUCCUGGUUCGUACGUCGUUCCUCGUAUCUUGCUUUUUUCGGUAAGCUGGCCAGGACCUUUCCGCUUGGGGUUGUAACUGGGACAGCGAACUCUGAGCAGGCUAGAGAGACAGUCCAGAAAGAGGAUCGGAGACAAGCAGCAUUGUCAGCGAGAGAGGGACUUGAACAACAUCGUACUGUUCGCAAGACUGGGAAAUCUCGACCGUCGGCUCCGAGUAAAUCUUACUCGUCAAGCCUUGCUCAGAAUUUUAGAUAUCUCGAGCUGAAUUUGAUUCGGAAGUGCAUGCGGCGGCUGAAGAGAAUCGAAGACCUCGUCAGGAGGUGCUCCAAGAAGUGGAAUAAGAGGACGCUUUGCCGGGCAAGGAAGAGAGGAAUGCCCAAAUCAAAUACUGUAGCAUAAGGGAAAGAGCGGCGUCUCAAGGAGAAAAGACAGCUUAUCGGGAAAACAGAAAUCGAGGCGGAGAGGAGGAAGUAGAAGCAGAACCACUAUUGCGGCCACGGUUGUCAUGGUUGAACAACUUCGAAUCAUGAGGUUGACGUCGUCUCGCAGAUUGGAACACCCAACUCCGGCCCUGUUAUGCGCAACCUCAGGUGUAUUGCCACUCCUAUCUCGUUCAAGAUUACAAAGAAUCAUUUUUGGUAACAAGGCUGAACAAUCUAAACUCCUUUCAUCGAUAUCUAGAGAAUCGUUUGAG